CCGUCUUUAUAGAAAGGCUAUCCAGGUUACUUGACAACAGACCAGGAGAAAAGACCAGGUUACUUGACAACAGAUAUUAACUUGGAAAUCAUGAGUGAGGUUUCCAAGGAUUCUUUACAGAGGAUCCUGCUGCAGCUCGAAUGCCACUUCACUUGGAUGUUGCUGAAGGAGGACAUCACUCCCAAGGAGCUGGAGGAAAGGAUUGCAGAUCAGCUUGAAUUUUUACCGGCCGAAUCCAAAAUUCAAAAUUAUAACCUGCUAGCCUACGUAAACCAUUUGAACGGCAAGAAAGAAGCCACUCUGGAACAUUUACAGAAAGCUGAGGAGGCCGUGCAAAUAGAGUGCCCAAAGGAGGUUGAAAAGGCAAGUCUUGUUACCUGGGGCAACUAUGCUUGGGUGUACUACCACAUGGGCCAGCUUGAAAAGGCACAAGAGUACAUAAAGAAGGUGGAAUGCACCUGCAAACAAAACGGAAGUGCCUCUCCUUAUAAGAUGAAGCUCCCACGUAUCUACUGUGAAAAGGGGUGGGCACUCCUCAAAUUUGGGGCAAGCUAUUAUGAAAAGGCCAAGGAGAGCUUUGCAAAAGCAUUGGUGGAAGAGCCCCAGAACCCAGAAUUUAAUUCAGGCUAUGCAAUCACAUUGUACCGUAUGGAAGAUUAUUAUGAAAAACAAUCUUCUGCAGAAGGGUCGUCGCUGGAGCCCUUGAGACAUGCGGCAAGUCUGAAUCCCGAUGAUCCUUUUGUUGUGCCUGUCUUUGCAGUGAAACUGCAGGAAGUUGGUCAAGCUGAAGAAGGGGAAAAGUAUAUUAAGGAAGCCCUUGAAAAAAAUCCAGACGUUCCCUAUGUACUGAGGUAUGCUGCCAAAUUUUACAGGAAAAAUGGCGAUGUCAUUAAAUCCCUGGAGCUUUUGAAGAAGGCACUAGGGUUGACACCAAACUCCAGCUUUCUGCAUCAUCAGAUUGGCCUUUGUUACCGAGCACAGUUCCUUGAGAAGAAAAGGGCCAGAUGCCAUGACAGAGAAAAGAUGGAGGAGCUGAUCAGAUGUUGUAUUUUUCACUUCCAAAAAGCGGUGGAGCACAAACCCAAGUUUGUCUAUGCUUAUCUGGACCUUGCCGGCAUGUAUGGAGAAGCAAAGCGUCUUCAGGAAGCAGAGGAAACAUUUCAGAAAGUAUUUGCUAUGACCAGGCUAACUUGUGAAGACAAGCAGCUGCUCCACUUCUCAUACGGCCGCUUUCAGCAGUUUCAUAAAAAUUCAGAAUCGCAAGCCAUGAAACACUAUCUGGAAGGGCUGAAGAUGGAAAAAGAAUCAUUUCCAAGAGAAAAGUGCAAAGUGGCUUUGAAGAAACUGAUAGGAAAUAAAAUCAACAAAAGCCCAGGAGACGCAAAGAGCUUUGGCAUCCUCGGGUACAUUCACCAACUCAGUGGGGAAAGGCGCCAAGCCGUUGAGUGCUACGAACGAGCCCUGGAGAUGGAUCCUGACAAUGAAGAAUACCUCAGUGCUCUCUGGGCCUUGAGACUUUCUUUGCAAAGCUAAACCUUCCCAUGUGUGCUCAUGAAUGUAUCAAAAUUCAGAACACUCUACUUACUCCUCACUUUACUUUAGACAUUACUUAGACCACAUAAAUAACAUAUUAUAUUACAAAGGAAUGCCUCAUAAAAGAAAUCUUGGCAUUGAGUUUUUGAUAAAUAGGCUUAUGGGUGGAGGGAGAUCAGCAUUAGAGAGUCUUGAGCCCAAGUAAUUUCCAAGGUAAUAUUUUUGUCUCAACCAUUCUAUAAUUCCUCAGCACUUCCUACUGCUCACGGGGUAGAUUUACACUGAAAAGUCUGGAUUGGAUAUCUUCAUCCCUGGAUGCUGUUUGGCCAAAGGAUAAUAAUUGAGUUAAGAGCCUAGAGAGAGUUAGCUUGGAUUCUGAUGGACUAAAGGACUAUGAUCUGCUUAUAUUGCAGUGGACAGCAAUGUAGAGAAUGUUCACGCUAAGGCCUUUGACUACUAAAACUAAG